AUGGAAACAGUUUGUAAAGACGGUAAAAGAGACGACAGUGUGGAAUGUCGAGGGAGACAUGUGUGGAAUAGAUUUGCUAGUUGCGUUAAGAAUAUUUCAAAGGAGAUUGUUGGUGAUAGUAGGAGUAGGAUGCCAGGAAACAUCGAAAACUGGGAUGAGGAUGUUCCAGAAAUCAUAGAAAGUAAGAAAAAGCAAUUCAAAGUAUGGCAGAAGAGCAAAAGGAGAAAAGGAGAUUGGAUGGAGUAUAAACGCUUAUGCAAAGAAACCAAGUGUGCAGUAAGUAAGGCGAAGUUCAAGAGAUAUGAUGAGUUGUAUGAUAGGCUAGGAACAAAGGAAGUCGACAAAGAAAUCUAUUGA